AAUGUAUGAUGCAAUGAUUUUACCCUGCAAGCAUAUUUUUGCAUUGAGGCGGCAUUUACAUGUAGAGCUUUUUGACAGAAUGCUUGUAAACCACAGGUGGACCAUGGAUUAUUAUAAAGGCAAGCAGCGAACAUUAACGUCUUUGCUUGAAGACAAUGAAUCGACAGGACAUCACUUGCCAUGUACAUCUAAUGAUAGCACUAUAUCUGUAUCACUGACCACACAAGGGCAUCAACCAAUAUAUUCCUAUGCACAAAGAAGAAAAAAAUGUCUUCUGUUAUGUACUGAACUUGCCGACUUAGCAGCACAACGUACGGGCAUGUUAUUUGAGCAAAGGCUUAAUCUAUUAAAAAAUCUCAAAACAUUGUGGGCUAAUGAUACUGCUGUUCUACUUACGCCUAUAGACGUUAGAGACGAAAAUGACCGGCAAUUUAUUGUUGAAAGUAAUGAUGAAGUAGUAUUUGAAAAUGAAAAUUUUUCAGAGUUUUGUAACGAAGUGGUUAUCCAAGACCUAAAUAUAUUAGGUGACGUAAAUCUCUCAUCUCUGGGCCACACUGAAGUUAUUGAGGAGGUCAAUAUGGAAGAAUCAAAUAAAGAAAAUGAAGUUCCUGUUACCGCUGAUAUUAAUGUACGUGACUGCAACAACCAAUCCCAGCAAACUGUUCAAGUAAAUGACAUUAAUUUGUCGACUAUCAAAAUGCCAGUUGCAAUAAAGAAACGAGGACGCCCAAAAGGGCAAGACUUAACAGUAAUAGGAUUACCAAAACGAAGGAAAAGAAAACCCUUGUCGUUUUCAAAGAAAUCAUAUCAGGAAAAACAGGAUUUAAUACUAAAUUUCUUUGUUCAGAAUGGUGAUAUUGUUAAAGAUAUUAAAAAUGGUAAAAUUCUUGAAGAUUUAGAUCUUAAAUCGUUUCCAGAAGAAAUAUCUGAUGCUGUAUUAGAUAAUAGCGUUGACGUCCACUUGAUGAAAACCUUUUGCACAGACGAAGCCUUUAACAAGAUCUUUAACCUAGUGGAACAAAAACGACUUAAGCAACACUGGUCUUGCUCUGUGUGUGGUGCAGGCAAUCAAAACGACCAAACAGCAGUUUGUUGUAGUGGUUGCCUUCUGUGGAAACAUAUUCGUUGCUUAGGAUUAUCUAGGCGGCCUAAAUCAAAACAGUGGUUUUGUAGAAAUUGCUACUAAGAAUUAUGUAUUUUUUGUGUUUGAUACAUUUUGUGUUUUUUUUUUCAAUAAAUCACAGUACGUUUGUAAUGAUUAAACAAAAAUAUUACGUUAAUUUGCCUCAAGUGUUUGAAUAAUUGCCAUAAUUUGGAGCCACGGUAAUAUAAGAGGAUGCCGUCAAUUGAUUACAAAACUGCUAAGAUGACCUUAAAACGAACGGCAGCCAAAGCAAAUACCGUCAAACGCGUCAUAUAAAUGACGUCAUAUAUGCUAACGGCAUUUUAGUACACGACCGUUCAACGGCAGUUUA